AUGACGGACGGGGCAGCAGGAGUCGACGAGCCGGCGGCGAGCGUCGUCGAGGCCGGUCGCCGGGGUACAAGAACAAGCCCAAGCCGCCGCCGGUGGUCACACGGGACGUGGAUCCCGCGGCGGCCAUGCGGCCGCACAUGCUCGAGAUACCCAGCGGUGGAGCGCACACCGCGCGGCAUCGGGAUCUGCGUGCUCGCGGGGACGGCCGCCAUCGCCGACGUCUCACUCAGCCACCCGAGACAAACAGGAGCCCUUCUGCUUCCUCUUUGCCACAUUAGAAGUUGGUUGAUUUUGUCAGUUACGAAGAACUCAGAUUCAUUUUUAAAUUCUUGGGUUAACAAAGACAACUAUUUGAUACUUUACACAUUGCCUUCAGAGGAUGACUCACGGGUUAUGGCAUUGGAAGUAGAUGAGAAACCUACAGAGGAUUACAAUGACAUUGAAGGACUUGGGAAACAUAGCACAAGCAACAUUGCCAGUGUGCAGCAAUACUGGGAGCAACAAAGAUAUCUCCGGAAGAAAAUUUGGCUUGAAACCUGGCUAAGACGGGAAAUUCAGGCCCUUACUCGGGAUGAGAACGUUGAGGCCAUAGUCUACCACAUUCACGGUGUCAUUGGAUCCUUCAUGAAGAGGCUUGAAAUGGAGCACAAGUCAAGGACGAUUUCACCAGAGAAGAGGAGGGAAGAGUUCAGGAGAUUGGUCUCUGAUGCUGCUAGGCCAUUCCUCCUUGGCCGAACAGAGCGAUUUGUCACCGAGGUGGAGCUCUUCCUGGUUUCAAAUCUCAACAUGGAAGCGUACAACAAACUGCGCUUUCAGAGGUUUAGGGAGUCCAGUUCCCAUCUGACAAGAGAGCAAGAUGCGCUGCCUCAUGAUCGGUCUCUUGAGGAGCACUACUUGUAUUUCGUAUGUAACGACACGGACUGUGAUGAGAUGUAG